GAUUCCCUACGUCACCUACCACGUGGUCAACGCGGAAGUAUACACCGUGCGCUUCAUGUGUCAACAUCUUUCUAUGCUACAGUUGUGUUAUAACUACGGCAGACGUGUUUUUGUUACUGCGGGUGUUCUUUGUACUUACCAGCGGCGAUGGCUCAGGAGGUGUGUAGCUUGAAGGCACAGCUCAGGGAGAAAGAGAAAGAGAUUGCUGAUCUGAAGAAUAAACUGGCUCAAUUAGAAAAGAGCCAUACCUCAACACUGGAGCUGCGUGACAGAGUGACUCCCCUAACCCCACUGAAAGCCAAAGCGUCCCUCAGCAAUGAGGACAUCAUGCGGUACAGCAGACAGCUCAUUCUGCCUGAGCUUGGUGUACAAGGUCAGCUAAACAUAUCCAAGACCUCAGUGCUGAUUGUGGGCUGUGGAGGGCUGGGCUGCCCCCUGGCACAGUACCUUGCGGCAGCAGGCAUCGGGCAUCUGGGCCUGCUGGAUUAUGACGAGGUGGAGCUCAGUAAUCUGCACAGGCAGGUGCUUCAUGGGGAGGACAACCUGGGCCAGGCGAAAGCUCUAUCUGCUGCCUGUGCAGUCAGGAGGUUAAACUCAACAGUGGAGUGUAUUCCCUACCACCUGCAGCUCUCAUCAGAGAACGCCUUGCAACUCAUUCAGCAAUAUGACAUUGUGGCUGAUUGUUCAGACAAUGUUCCGACUCGUUAUCUGGUGAAUGAUGCCUGUGUCCUCAGCGGCAAGCCUCUUGUGUCAGCAAGCGCCCUAAGAAUGGAGGGACAGUUGGCCGUAUAUAACUACCAUGGAGGACCGUGCUACAGGUGUCUGUACCCCGUACCCCCACCACCAGAGACAGUGACCAACUGUUCUGAUGGAGGGGUGUUAGGAGUGGUCCCAGGGAUAAUGGGCUGCUUCCAAGCCUUGGAAGUCCUCAAGAUUGCCUCAGGACAAGGCUCUUCCUGUGGCCAGCAGCUGGUGAUCUUUGAUGCUCAAGAUGCCAGGUUCAGGUGCAUCAAACUGAGGCCCAGGCAGGCUGGCUGUGUAGUGUGUGGAGAGAACCCCAGUAUAACUCAUCUGGCAGACUAUGAGAGCUUCUGUGGGUCCGCUGCCACAGAUAAGUGCCGCAAACUCAACCUCCUCUCCAGAGAUCAGAGGAUCACAGUACAGGAUUAUAAAUCAGUCAUGGACAGCACAGAGCCCCAUCUAUUGUUGGAUGUGCGCCCUCCUGUGGAGGUGGAUAUAUGCCACUUACCCUGCUCUGUCAACAUUCCACUCUCAAGUUUAGAGGAGAGGAAGAUUGAACAUUUACAAUUGCUUCAGGAGAGAAUCAGGCAGGUGAAACAGCAGAUGGCAGGCGACUGCCUGCCUCCAGUGUAUGUGAUCUGUAAGAUGGGUAACGACUCACAGAAGGCGGUGCAGGUUCUGGAGAAUCUCAGUGGAUCUGAAGUGGACAGUAUCAUGGUGAAAGACAUCAGUGGAGGCCUCAUGGCCUGGGCAAAGACAAUAGACCCCACAUUUCCACAGUAUUAAUGCAUUUUAAAGGCUCUUCUGAUAAUAAACCGUAUUCUG